AUGGCCUUCGAAAUAAAUAAGGAUCCCACACAAUUUGCCCAAUUUGUCACACUUAUCAUAUUCACGCCGUUGGGGAUUGCGGUAACGGCGCUGCGCUUCGUUGGUGUCCGACGUGUAACGCGCAAAGUCGGAGUUGAGGAUUGGCUGGCCGUGAUAGCCACCAUCUUCUUCGUCUUGACUAAUCUUGCAGGGUUGAUGGCAAUUAGCAUUCUUAAUGGACGCCAGAUCACCCAAGAGGUUAUUGAGACCCCAUCGGAUUAUGCUCGUAUGCGCAAGUGGGAUAUAUCCGGCCUCUACUUCUACUUUGUACAAGUACUUAGUGUGAAGUUGAGUAUUCUAGCUUUCUACCACCGUAUUUUCGGAAUCAGCAGUACCGCCUGUAGGAUUUGGAUAUACAUAUUGGCAUCCGCUCAAACGAUUCUAUUCAUUGCUUUUUGCAUCUUCCAGGGCCUCCAGUGUGUUCCGUUUCAGAGAUAUUUCGACCUUUCGGUACCAGGCACAUGUAAAGAUGAAGGAACAGUCAUAUUAGGCGGGGAACUACCCAAUUCAAUCAUCGAUUUCGCCAUGGUGAUUUUGGCAAUGAUAAUGAUUCGACCUCUCCACUUGUCGUUCAAUGAUAAAUUGAGGAUAACUGUCCUUUUCGGUCUCGGUUUCAUUGUUGGAAUAAUCGGAUUUGUCAAGAUUGCCGUCACUUAUUCUACGAGCAUUCUAUAUGCGUUCAGCAUGGUCUCCCUGUGGACAGGCGUCCAAAUGUUCACCGCUCUUCUCUGUUGUUCCCUCCCCAUGUACAACACUUUUCUUCCGAUGGCCGCCAGUUUCUGGAACCGACUCUCGCAACACCCAAUCCUUGAAUGGACCUCCCGCGCUCGGUCAUCACGAACUUCGGCCAAGGGCUCGGGAAAGCGCAGUGCAAACAAUUCAGAUCAAAGUUCAAGUCAGGACUGGGAAAAUCUGGUUGAUUAUAACGGCACCAAGGGACUUGCUGGGCCUCCCGCGGGCGCCUAUGGUAAUAGUCAUGUUCUAGGCGACAUUUCUCCAAUUACGCAUCCACAAGUGUACAGUAAACAUAUACAGAGGCAGUUCGACGUGAUCUAG